CAUGAUUAUAAGUGAUGUUGAGCAGUCCCAUAAAUGGCUCUUGAUAUAGUAAAUUCUUUCAGCCCCAAAAAAGUAUGGUUCGUUUAAAACUGUAGUAGAAAACCAGUGAUUGAUAUCAUAUUAACAAGUGUUGUAAGUGGUUCGAUCUUGACUGCUAUCCAUUCACACCGUAGUAGACUGUGCAACUCUAACUCUUGAAUGUGUACUCUUCACAGGACUUGAAUUAGUUGGAUUGUCAUGCAAUUUUCUUCUACAGUAUGGGGUAACUCUAAAAGGCUUUUUCAAUCAAGUGCCUGUUAUUGCAUGUUCAAGGGUGGUCUAGCUGAUUUCAAUGGGGCACUUUCGUUCUCCCAACUGGCACUUAGCCAGUUGGACUGCAGCUCUUUUCAUUCCAUUGAUGAUUGUGAUCAACAAUCUUCUACUACCACAAGAGUUAGCAAUAGCUGCGACAGCAACUAUGCCAGUAAUUUCACCCCUGAUGUUGAUGACUUCAGGAUUGUCGAAAUCCUUAAUAGUCUGAAAAAGGAACCCGAUCUUACUUUUUCCUUCUUUUCCCAAUUGAAGGAAGCUGGUUUCCGACAUAAUGUCUCUACAUAUUCUGCCCUCAUCACUAAUUUAUGCCAUUGUGGCUCUCAGAGGAAGUUGGAUGCGCUCUUCUUGGACCUCGUCGUCACCUAUAAAGAACACCAAUGCACUUACCCUCCAUUGCAAAUCUCUGAGUUGUUACAGACUCUCACUGAAGAAGUUGAGUUUGAUCAGUCAUUGGUUCGAGCUUAUGAUGCCUUGACCAAGGCUUAUGCUAGUGUAAGUAUGUUUGAUGAUGCCAUUGAUCUUGUGUUUUACAUGAAAAGGUGUGGAUUUGUCCCGCAUAUCUCUGCUUGUAAUCAUCUUAUCCGUUGCUUGAUUGAGCAUGACAAAAUGGAUAUGGCUAUGGCUGUAUUUAAGGAGUUUAAAAGGAUUGGGGUGGGCCCUAAUGGUUACACUUAUGCAAUUGUUAUAAAGAUGCUUUGCAAGAAGGGAAGCCUGGAAGAAACACUCAACGUGUUCUUAGAAAUGGAAGAAGCUGGUGUAGCCCACUCAACUAUUGCAUACCGAGCAUAUAUUGAAGGUCUUUGUACCAACCAAAUGUCAGCCUUAGGUUAUCAAGUGCUCCAAGCAUGCCGAGGAGCAAGCAAGCCUGUUGAUAAACAUGCUUAUGCAGUUGUUAUACAUGGGUUGUGCAAUGAGAUGAAGAUUGAUGAAGCCGAAAAAGCUUUUCUGGACAUGGAAAAACAAGGGUUGGUUCCUAAUUCACAUGUUUACAGUGCAUUGAUUCAUGGCUAUUGCAAGAGCGGUCAUCUGCAGAAAGGUCUGGCUCUCUGUAAUAAAAUGAUCUCAAAUGGUGUAAAAGCAAAUAAUCUGAUCAUCAGUUCAAUUCUUCAAGGCUUGUGUAAGAUGGGCAUGCAUUCUGAAGUGGUAAAUCAGUUUAUAGAUCACAAGGAUUCAGGUAUCUAUCUUGAUGAAGUUUGUUACAACAUUGUGAUGGAAGCUUUAUGCAAACUAGGGAAAGUGGAACAAGCCGUAGACUUGCUUGAGGAGAUGAAGGCUAAGCAGAUGGUUAUAGAUACCCUUCAUUACACCACUUUGAUUAAUGGAUAUUGUUUACGAGAUAAAAUUGAUGAUGCUUUGAAUCUGGCGGAUGAAAUGAAGGAGAAAAGUGGAUUGACUCCUGAUGUUGCAUUCUACACAACGAUGAUAAGUUACUACUGCAGGAUGAAUUGCUUAACAAAAGCCCAUGAUCUCUUCCAUUAUAUGAAAAGGGAAGGCAUUGAACCUGAUGUGACUUGUUGCAAUGUUUUGAUAAGCAUGCAUUGUAAGGCAGAACAUCUCCAUGAAGCUUUUGCAGUUUUCGAUGAGAUGAUCGCGAAAGGACUAGAACCCGAUAUAGUUACCUAUACAACUCUUCUUUCAGGUUACUGUAAUAGGGGUGACAUGGAUAAGGCUCGAUGGCUUUUUGAUACCUUGAUUAAGAAAGGGGUAACUCCUGAUGUCACUUUCUAUACAAUGAUGAUAAACAGCUACUGCAAGGUGAAUUGCAUCAGGGAAGCUUAUGAUCUCUUACUUGAUAUGAAAAGGAAGGGCAUAGAACCUGAUGUGAUAUGUUACACGGUUUUGAUAGACAGAAAUUGUAAGAUGGAUAAUCUUAAGGAGGCUAUUGCACUUUUUCAUGAAAUGAUAGAAAGUGGUCUAGAGCCUGAUUUAGUAACUUAUAGAACUCUUCUGUCAGGAUUUUAUAACAAGGGUGAUGUUGAGAGUGCUUCCAUUCUCAUUCAUGAAAUGUCUUCCAAAGGGAUAUUGACUGAUAGCCAAGUAGCCUCGCCUCGACACCUUGAUAAUCUGAGAGUGAAGAGGCAGCCACUCCAUAGAUGAUAUGUAUUGUACAGUUUUGAUGAGUAAUUGAAGGGAUAGCAAUGUGACAAAGUUACCUGUUUUCAUAGGGUUAUUGUGGAUAUGAGAUGUGUAAUUAUCAAAAAGUGAGGCAAAGUUUUGUCAUCUUCA